AUGACUGAAUCAGCACAUAGUGUCAUGGCACAAACCCUACGCUCAAAGUGGCCGGUCGCACUUUUUCGCAGCGAAGCUCCACUUGCACUCCAUCAUUUAAAUCUACCAUUAUUUCGGGCGUUGUCAAAGCGAUUCCCCGAAUUGCAACAGGAACUCGCGACAAUGCUUAUCCCCAAGGACGACCGCAAGAAGAUCCACGAGUACCUCUUCCGUGAGGGUGUGCUCGUGGCUAAGAAGGACUACAACCUUCCCAAGCACGGUGACAUUGACACCAAGAACCUCUAUGUCAUCAAGGCCCUCCAGUCUCUGGACUCCCGCGGCUUUGUCAAGACCCAGUUCUCGUGGCAGUACUACUACUACACCCUCACCCCCGAGGGUCUGGACUACCUCCGUGAGUGGCUCCACCUCCCCGCCGAGGUUGUCCCCGCCACCCACAUCAAGCAGCAGCGUUCCCACGCUCCCCCCGCGGCAUGAUGGGCGGUGAGGAGCGCGGCGAGCGUCGUCCCCGUGCUCCCCGUGAGGGCGGCUACCGCCGUCGCGAGGAGGGUGGCAAGGAGGGCGGUGCCCCCGGCGAGUUCGCUCCCUCUUUCCGCGGUGGCUUCGGCCGUGGCCGUGGUGCUCCCCAGCAGUAAAUGCUGAGCCAAGAGGCCUUGGUGUCCUGUCAUCCACUUCUCGGUCAUCCUAGGGGCUUGUUGGUGUAACCGGUUUCGGUUCAGAGUAGAGUCUUUUGAAACGAACUGAUCCUCGGUGCAUCAUGAUCCCGUCCCAGUUUCACUGGGGCUUGGGGAUACAGGAAACAAAAUAAAAAA